AUGAAGAACUGGACUGAGAAGGUCCGAUCGGAAUCUCAAUCGGAGAAGGCGGUGGAAACAACCGGCGGCGGUGGUUAUGAAACUAUCAUGGUUAAGUCCAAAUCCGCGUGGCACUUCCAAGCAAUCCCAUUGGCCAGUCUAAAACGCCAGACUGUCUCGUUGCGUUUGAUUGGUUCCUCAUAUGGCACUGGGCCCACGCCGGCUCAUCCUCCGCCGUCGCCGCUUUUUCCUCAUCCGUCAAAUUCUCCCCUUCUCACCCUCCCCCCUUCUCAAUUCCCUAAAUGCACAUUUUCUCCCCAUCGAACCCCUCUCAAUCACCCUAAAUGCACCUUCCGUUCCGAAAACCCCCUUCCUCAAAACGCCGUCGUUUCAAAACCUUCUCCUCUCGAAAUACUCAAAACCUCUUCAGUUGACAGAUAUACAAAGGAGAAGAGCAGUAUCAUUGUUAUUGGACUCAAUGUUCAUACUGCUCCGGUUGAAAUGCGUGAGAAGCUUUCUAUUCCAGAAGCACAAUGGCCUCAAGUUAUUCAGGAGCUUUGUGCUCUUAAUCACAUAGAAGAAGCUGUUGUUCUCAGAUGAUGAAUUGAGGAUCGAGGAUAGACUCUAUAUCUAAGAGGAUCGAGGAAUUGCGAGACAAAGAACUUCAGCCACAACUUGAGGAGUUAAUUGAAGGAUGGGUCUAUGAAGGAGUAAUAGAUGAUCCUUAUGGUGAAUUUUUCAUCGCAGAAGACAAAUCUCUUCAAAAGGUACAUAAUAAAAUUUAGUCACUUAUAGUUAUUGGAUUUUUCAUGAUUACACUGGGGAUUUCUUAGUGCAUUUUAUGGAUAUUCCUCGAGAUGAGCUGGCCAAAAAACCUGAUGAAGUAUCAAUUGAGAAGCUGCAGGUAUAGUUAUGGGAUGUUAUUUACUUUACUAAUUACUUUCUUCUAGUAAAUUUCAUUUGUCACCUGCCUAUUUUGAUUUUGAAAGGGGGCUUUACUCUAACUUUCCUUUAUCUUUUGUUUGCU